AUGAACGUCCAAGAUGGUAGCGGUAAGAUGGAUGAAGAUGUUCCACUUCCAGGAUUUCGAUUCCAUCCGACAGAUGAAGAGCUUCUUAGGUUUUAUCUUCGACGAAAAGUUGAUAAGAAACCGAUCAAAAUCGAAAUCAUCAAACAGAUGGAUAUCUACAAAUAUGAUCCUUGGGAUCUUCCAAAACCUAGCAGUGAAGGAGAAAGUGACUCAUAUUUCUUCUGCAAACGAGGAAGAAAGUACCGAAACAGCAUUAGACCAAAUAGGGUAACAGGAUCCGGGUUUUGGAAAGCAACAGGCAUUGACAAGCCUGUUUAUUCACAUGGACGAGAAGGCCAUGGCUAUGAGUGCAUAGGGCUAAAGAAAACGUUAGUAUACUACCGCGGAAGUGCAGGCAAAGGAACCAAAACGGAUUGGAUGAUGCAUGAGUUUCGCCUUCCUAGCAAUGACAAUAACACCAAUACUAUCCAAGAAGCUGAAGUAUGGACUAUAUGUCGAAUUUUCAAACGGAACGUAUCACAUAGAAAGUACACACCAGUUUGGAGAGAAAUUGCUGCUAAACGCAAUUCAAUUACAUGCACAACGAGCUCUCAAACAUGUAGUUUGGAAUCCAACAAUGAUGAUCAUGGAAAUUACAUAAAUUUCGGCGCUCCAAUUCUUCAACAUUUUGAUGAUGAGAAGCAAGUUAAUAAAAUCAAUGGGAGAAACCAAUAUUGGCAAGUAACAGAUCAAUUGAGCACCAUAGCUCAACCAGCUCCAUUAAUUGCACCCUCUUCAUCAAGCUUUUCAAAUCAAGAAAACGACUUCCUCACGUACGCAAAUUGGGAUGAACUGAGAACAGUUGUAGAUUUUGCUCAUGAUCCUUUCCUUCUAUAA